AUGUCGCCGGACCCUGAGAAGUACCAAAAGGUCCCGCGGAAACAUGUCACCACGGCCUGUGUGCCAUGUCGAGAAAGCAAGAUUCGGUGUGACGGAUCAACGCCAUAUUGUCAGAAUUGCCAACGCAAGGGCAGAGAUUGCAAGUAUCAGCACGGAGAUGAUAAACGGAAGGUGUCUCUUCGAGCUGCGACAGAGCUGUUUUCCGCUCGGAUCGAUCAAUUAUGCCAGUUUAUCUAUGAUCAAGGACUUUCACCACCUUUAAUGAAUCCUGAAGAUGAAGCUGGCUUGAACAGGGUCCUGGAUACACUACAGAUCUCACGUCAAGUCAUGAAAAACACCAAAACCGUCGGAAACGACGAACAGGGAGCAUCAGGGACCAAAUCGGCCAAUAGUUCUGGAACAUCUCCUUUCCAAAUACCGCUGCUCUUUGACUCAUCGACCCCUAGCUCAUCUAAUUCAGGAGGUGCUCAGCCAUUGUCUUCAGCAGAUCCAUUCGGUAUUACUCAAGGCGCGCCCGGUAACACAAGCUUUGUCCAUUGGGGUUUCACACUUCCGACAGCAGAAGGUAUGGACACUAUCUACGCAAAUAUUGAUGACGGUACCGGAAUGCCGCCCAGAACAGGACUGAAACCAGAUGGCUUUCUGUUAAGUGAGGACAUGUCUCAGCAGUCCGAAGCUAUUCAAGAUCAAAUACAAAUUAACCGGGAUUAUGACUCUGAAAGUGAAGAGGAAAACGAGGCUGAAAGCGAUGUGAUUGAACAACUUUCGAAUCGAAUUGGAAGUUUAAAGAUCGCAGGAGACGGUCAUUUACGAUUCUACGGUGCCACCUCUAAUCUUAAUCUAGUAGAUGUGUCUGCAAUACAGCAGCGACAGCGGCCAGAUGCGCGUACCGUGAGACAUGAUGGUCAAGAUAUAUUAAAUCACCUUCGGGUCGGCCAAACGGUUGAUCAACCUUUGGAGGAUCAUCUUGUCGAGCUAUACUUCACUUGGCAAAAUCCCAGCAUGUACGUGGUGGACAAAGAAAUGUUUAUCUCUGCCCGAUCUAAGUGGCGGAAUGAAUAUGAUGAUACGCCAUUCUACUCUGAGGUUUUGACCAAUGCUAUGUGUGCGAUUGGGAGCGCCUUCGAAGCGAGAUACCAUCCCACUUUCAUUACAUUUCCAAAAUCAUUAGCUGAGUUUUUCGCAGAUAGAGCCAAGGCUCUAUUGGAGAUUGAACUUGAUUCACCAUGUGUUGCAACGGUUCAGGCUCUUGCGCUUCUUAGCUACCACGAGGGUGCAUCAAGCCGCGAUGCUCGGGGCUGGCUUUAUAGCGGAAUGUCGAUGCGUCUUGCCUUUGACCUUGGCUUGCAUCUUGACAUGACGCCCUACGUCAAGCAAGGAGACAUAAGUCCACACGAGGCUAACGUCCGACGGGCAGCCUUUUGGGGAAGCUAUGUCGCAGACCACUUCUGGGGCUUUUAUUUAGGUCGCCCUUUCCGCAUAAAUGCUGGAGACAUCACCGCUCGGAAGCCCGCUUCCACCGUAGGAGUUGAGCUGGAGGGAACGUGGCGUCCCUAUGGCCUUCAAACUCCCAGCAAAGAGCUGAGUAAUCCAACAGAACUCAUCAGUAUUCAGUUUAUGGUUUUGUGGGAAAUGAUUUCUCCCGUCGGACACAUCUUAUACGGAUGCUCAGAAAUCUCCAGGCAUGACCUUCAAAGACUCUGCUUCCAUGUGACAGAAGAUUUAUUUACCUGGAAGGCCAGCCUCCCGUCAAAUCUUGACAUUGAUCUAGAUGACGAUACAACACCAAAACUACCCCAUCUGUUAAUAUUACAUAUGCAAUAUCACCAGAUUGUUAUUUUCCUACAUCGGCCAUGGGUCUCCAAGAGCUACAUCCAACCACGUAGUCCUCGUCAGGGACCCGGCUACCACCACGCACGCCGUAUGUGCAUCGAGUCCGCUAUAGCCGUCGCACGCCUACUGCACAUAUAUGAAAAACACUACACAUUCCGUCGAAUGAAUAACCAGGUAGUCGCCAUAAUUUUCAGCGCAGCACUGAUGCUGCUAUUCGUCACGGUAUCUAGCUCCCCGCUCGUACCCACCAGACCUGGAGAAAUCAACAGUCCCCACCCUCGCAACGCCGAGAUGGUGGCAUAUCUCAAUCUCUGUUUCCGCGCACUCGAUGAACUAGGCCAGUCAUUUGAGAAUGCGAAACGGACACGUGAUUACCUUGUCACUCUUCAGCGGCGCUGGCAAGCCGACAUGCGUCGAACAGGGACUGCUUCCAAACGACACCUUACCAGUAACAAUGUGUCAUCAAACUCAUCAAAGCCCUUUAAAUUGAGACCAGGCCGCCAUAACCAGCUACCUGAUUCACUAAACAAGAAGUCUCGCACUGGCGAGCAUAAUUCCCACCUAUCACUUGCCAAUUUCUCGAUGCCUGCAUCAUCCACUCAUGAUUACUCUCAGCCUGCUCGUCCUAUUCAGCAAGAUCAAUUUUCUUUCCCAUCAGAGCCAUUUUAUUUGCCGUCUCAACAGAUCGAUCUCGAUUUGAUUGGGACGGAGGAUCUGAACGCUCGCAUCGGAGCUGAAAGUACAGAUAUUGGAAAGCUGGACUCCAUCUCCGUAGCCCAAUUCCCAAAUAACUUGAGUGAAUUUCCGGACCUUGGAGACAUUGACGGAUGGUGGGGAUCACCGAAUGGAAAUUCGGGAUUAGGGCCUAUUGGUUAG